CCCCGUGUACCCCCCAGCUCGGGUGACUUCCUGUGUUCGGUGUGUCACAAGGUGUUUCCCCUGCAGCGCAUGUUGACGCGUCACCUCAAGUGCCACAGCAUGGUGAAGAGACACCCCUGCCGCUACUGUGGCAAGGGCUUCAAUGACACCUUCGACCUCAAGAGGCACAUGCGCACACACACAGGUAUCCGUCCGUACCGUUGUGAGCUAUGUGACAAGGCCUUCACACAGCGCUGCUCCCUUGAAUCCCACCUGAGGAAGAUCCAUGGCGUGCGCCAGCAGUACGCCUACCGCCAGCGCCGCUCCAAGAUCUUUGUGUGCGAGGACUGUGGCUACACAUCCAACCGUCCCGAAGAGUACUUCCUCCACGUGCGCCAGUGCCACCCGGGCAGCCCCGCCCUGCGGCGCUACUACCGGCGCCAGGCACAUGAGGGCACCAACAACGUGCCUACCGAUCACAAACUCAGUCCCUUCUUGAUGUAUCCCACUGGGUACUAUGUGGGUUGAUUUAAACUCCUGGGUGAAGAUUCGCUAAUAACAUUCAAGUGUGCUAUUCGGUUUCUGCCUUAGUCAAUUCCUUCGUUGUAACCUUGCCACAGAGCAGAAACAGGCUAGUAUCAACGCUAACACAUCAAUUUUACAGUAAGGUGAAUGGACAUUAUGUUUGGGGUUAUUCCCCACCCAGUCAGUGCCUGGCCAGUAGGCCAAAAUAACAUUAAAAAUCAUCAGCAUUGGUGUGGCUAUUUUAAAAACUCCACCUCCUGGUGUCCACUUUAGGUAAUGCAGAGAGAUUAAGGAGAGGGUGUGUCUGGUCAAUAGUCAACUACGGUCAAUGUUGAUUAAAGGUAUGUUUUUGUGGAGUGGUGACUUAGAUGUGUCCUUCAAAAUAAAUUGUAUCCCUGGCACACAUGCCUGUCCCUCCUCUCCUUGCCACCCAUCCUCCCACCUGUACAGUUACAACCAUCUCAUGUUAUAUUGACUUGCUUCUUAUUUAUUUGCAUGGUGUAUUGCUGCUGCAUGUUUGACAUUUCAUUAUAUUGUGUUUUAAAGAUGUGCCGCAUAAAAUACCAAAUAAAUGUUCCAAUCUCAG